AUGGCAAGAAAGUCGAUGACAAAGUAUAUCCGUAAAUGUGUGACACUGUCUGACAGUCGUGGCAUCGACUGGAAUCAGUUGGAGACACACCUCAAGACCUCCUAUGGACUGACCGACACUGAUGUCAAACUCAUAGUCACUCCCAUUAUAAUGAGUUCACCCGUAGAUGGUAUGGACAGUGGACUGACCACAAGAAUUGUGGUGAUAAUCCGGGAGUGUUUGUUAUCUUUAGCCAAAUCGAGUCCUUUUAACGCCAUUCUGUCGGUCAAGUUGUGGUCAAUUGUGUUGAAUGUGUUCACCGAAGAGGACAACCCCUGGAAUGGACUCAUAUUAAGGCCCUAUAUCUUCACCAAUGAGUUGGUUGAAUGUCUUCUCCAGAAAAUAAGUUACCCUGGCGCAAAUAUUGCCAUCACUUUAAGGCCACAAACCGAGACUCUUGUGGAGCGAACCAGUUAUGAGUGCAAACUUGUUGUGUCUGAAUGUGAACAGCACUUCCAUAUCAUCCAAUCAAAUCCAGAGCAAUAAAAUCUAAAUAAUUAAUUACUCAAAUUGCUUGAUUGCCAAAUGAUAUACUGUAUUCUCAAAUAUUUGUUUGUACUGUACCAAGAUAAUACAAAUUUAAUAAACCACAAAAAUUAUUUACA